AGGAGAGGAGGGGAAGGAAGAGAGGAGAGGAAGGAGGACAGAUGGAGGAGGAGAGCGAGAUUGCUUUCCACUCUCAUGAAGCUAAAAUGAGGGGUGUUCCCGGGGAUGUGGGGGUACUGCCGGUGAGCCCCAGGAAGGAGCAGGGAGCCAUUUACAGCGGCAGGUCCGGGAGCCGUGCGGAGCCGUGCGGAGCCGUGGCGAGUGGACACGGGCCCUGCAGGGACUGCGGCCGGAGCUGCCCCGCACCGGCUCCGAGGGCGGGACCGGCGUGGGACCCCCGGGCGGCGCCUUCCCGCCCUCGGCUGAGCCGCGCCUGAGGCCCGAGGAGGGUCUGCCCGCCCCGCCGAGCCCCUUCAGCCCCGGCUAAUUCCCCCUCGACCCGCGCAGAGCCGAGCUGGGUCCCCUCAUCCCCUCUAGGGCCCUUCAGCUGCCGGCUGUGUCCCUCCAUCCCUCAGGAUCCCGCUAAAUCCAACCCCCCCCUCCUGGCAUUGCUCAGGCCCCCCGUCCCCUCAGAUCCCACUAAAUCUCCCUGUCCCCUCAGUGCCCUUAGGUCUUGCUAAAUCCUCAGGGCCUGCCUGGAUCCCCCUGUCCCCUCAGGCACCACUAAAUCCCCUCUGACCCAUCCUCUAAGGGUCCCGCCAAAUCCCCCCCUGCCCUCUGAGGGUCCCGCUAAAUCCUUUCAUCCCCUCAGUGCUCUUAGGGUUCUCCCAUCCCCUCAGCACCCAGCUGGGUGAUCCCAGCCCCUCUGGAUCCCACUAAAUCCUCACAUCCCCUUAAUAUCUGCCUGGGUCCCCUAUCCCCUCGGAUCCCAGUAAAUCCUCUCAUCCCUUUCAGUGCCUCGUUGUGUCCCCCCAUCCCCUCAGAUCCCACUAAAUUCCCCCUUCCCCGUAGCACCCGACUGGUUCCCCCAUCCCCUCAGAUCCCACUAAACCCCUAGUCCCACCUGGUGCCCCAGGACCCAUCUCCUGUUGGAAGGGGAAGAGCUCAGGGAAUUUUGUCAGGGCUGCCCUGAGACACUUGGCCAGGCACCAUGUUCUAUGUCCAUUUGCUCAUCAACAAGCGGGGGCCGCUGGCCAAAAUCUGGCUGGCUGCCCACUGGGAGAAGAAGCUCACCAAGGCACACAUCUUUGAGUGCAAUUUAGAGGCCACCGUACAAAAAAUCCUCUCCCCAAAGUUUGCUAUAGCUCUGCGAACCUCUGGACACUUACUCCUGGGAGUGGUGCGGAUUUACCACAGGAAAGCAAAGUACCUCUUGGCAGACUGCAGUGAAGCUCUGACCAAAAUGAAGACAGCCUUUCGCCCAGGGCUUCUUGACCUUCCGGAAGAGAACUUUGAGGCUGCUUAUCAGUCCAUUACAUUACCUGAAGAAUUUCAUGAUUUUGAAGCACCACUACCAGAUGUAAAGGCCAUUGAUGUUGCUGAACAUUUUACCUUGAAUCAGAGCAGAGCUGAAGAAAUCACACUUACAGAGAAUUAUGAAAGCAGUAUACUUCUCUGUGAUAGAAACUUUGAUGAAGAAGCAGAUGCACUGAGGAGACAGAACUUCUUUGAGGGCAGUGUCCUGAUGAGCAGUAACAGCCUGGUGGCUGAUCCCAAUUCAGCCAGCACCAGCGGAGACAAAUCUGUGCUGCACGGAGAUGUUUACUGCUUCCAGGAUGACCAUUUUGGGGAUGAGGAUGAUGCUGCAGAUAUGAUUGAAAUCCUGUUGAGGGAUGAGGAAAAUGUCCUAGAUACAGACAUUCUUGAUGUGGAGGAAGCACGUCCUUUGUCACAAGAUCUGCCAGAGAACAGCACAGCCAUUGAGUCCAACUGCGCCGACACCACUGUUAAGGACGUAGAUCACACAAUGAGUGAGACAAUCCUUUUGUUCAAAGAAGAAGGAUUUGUGCUUGAGCCAGUUGAUGAUACAGCUGUCACCCCAAGGAAAAAAAAACAAAGAAAGAGGAAGUUGCUGGUGGAUGUAGAGAAGGAGCUCAGCUGCAACACCAUUUACAAGCAGCUCACCAACUGCACGGACCUCCUGGCCACGCUGGACCUCGCUCCCCCAACCAAGAAAACGAUGAUGUGGAAGGAGUUGGGAGGUGUGGAUAUACUCCUGUCCCAUGCAUCACAGCCCAUGGGUCACAUUGAGCUGCAAAAGUUGUUUGAAAAAUGCUUCAAGAGUGACAGAUGUAAGAUGAGAGCAAAUGGAAUACAGAGGAUGUCUGAAAUGAAAGAAAUUAGAAAAGAGCAAGAUACUACAGAGAUGCUACCAGUAGAAGAGCCAAGUUACCUGAAGGAGCCAGCUCAUUCUGAGACUGAGAGAAAAAUUAGAAAUGAUUCCUUUAUGUUGACAUCACAGAAUGACAGGAAUGAAACCAAUGAGAACUGUGGUGAAAUUAUAGAGGAUGGAGCAGCUUUCUCUGAGAGCUCAAAAAAUUCCCUGGGUCAGGAAGCUGAAGCACAGCAGGUGGAGGUGCCAAAGGAGCAAACAAGGACCAGGAAAGACAGUGAAGAAAUAAGAUGGGGCAAAAGAACUCUUCGGCUACAAAAAACUUUACAGCAGUUGAAGAGAUCAGGUGUGUGUUCCUUCAGUUUUCGGGAGCUCUGCCGGAAAAACAACCGGAAAGAAGCUGCAGCCACAUUUUACAUCUUUCUGGUGCUGAAGAAGCAGCUGGUCCUUGAGCUGAGGCAGCAUGAGCCCUUCGCUGACCUCACAGCCACUGCUGGGCUCAUGUUUGACAAGAUCAUAUAAACUGAUCAAAGCUUAGGUUGCAUUUUCCAGCAAAUAGUUUUCCUGGAAAAAGAUGAAAUGUCUUGUCAAACUGUGGGAGCUGAGCAGAGCUCCCUAUCCUUUAUACCACCCAGUAAUGGCUUGCACAGGGGUCCUGCCCUAGGUGAUGACUACAGGGCUUAUUAUUGAUAUUUAUAGUUACAUGAUGAGUUAUAUGAUAGUUAUAUAAUAUGUUAAUAAAAUACCACUAAAAUAUAUAUUCUGCAUAAGAGAUUUGCACUGUGAAGGAUUUUAUAAAAGUCCUUAAAGGAAUUUUAUAAAAGUCCUUGAAAGGUUUUUAUUAAAAAGUCCUUCAAAACCUUUCUCAGAGACUACCUUUGGAGCUUAAAUUAUUUUUGACAAGGCUUGUGUCUGUUAAUUCUCUAAUACCAUCAGUAAGAGUCAUCUGUUAACUCUCUGUAGCAAAAAAAUUUAGACUAUUUAAAAUUAUUCCUGUCAAAGAAUGUUCAGUAUUUCAUAUUUUAAGAUCUAGCAGGGUGCUGUCUCCAGUGUUGCUUUUGCAUGUUCAGGCAGGCAGAGGUUACACUGGUCUUAGAAGAGUCCAGAAGCUGCAGCAAGAAAUUCGAUUUCCUAGAAAUUCUGCAAUUUCAGAUUUCACAGAGCUUUUUAACUUAUUAACACCUUUAUUCAUGUGUAGACCUAUUUAAAAAUGGAUGUUAACUGAAAUAUUAUUAAGUCAUUGCAUUUUUAUCUAAUUUAAGAUAAACUUUAUCCCUUUUACUGUCAUUUUCUGAAGCUCUUGGUUUCCAGCUGCCUACCACCUGUGCCACAGGGAUGGUUGUGCUCCAUUCAGCUGCUUCGGUGCUGUGGGGACAUCACUGUCCCUUCAUGUGGAAUCAAUAAAAAUCAAAAGAUGUUUCCUUUG